AUGAAUAAUCAUGAUGAGCAAAGGAUGGUUUGGAAUGAACAGAGUGGGGACCAUGAUGUUUAUCAAAUUCAUCAUCAUCAUCAUCAUGAGGAUAUUAAUCGUGUAGAGGCAUCUAUAUCGGACCGGUCUAAUUGGAUUCCUUGGUCUAAAGUGUUAUACGAUGAAGAUGAUCAUCAUGACUCACAUCAUCAUCACGCAUCAGAAGAGGAUGACGACUUUGAAAGUGAAGAUUUUGUUUUUUCAAAAGUAUUAAUCGCUUUCUCCAGAUAUGAAAGACAUUACUUUAGCUUUCUCGACAAGAAGAUUGAAUACUUUCAUAGAGUAUGGAACCAAAGUUUAGGUGACAUCAAAAAACAUAUUACUGUUUCGGAAGCAUUACCAGACCAAUUCGAUAAAUUUAUGGCUAUGAAGAUGGCCAUUAGAAAUAAUUAUGAAAACUUAAUAUUGAAAAUUAUUGAGUCACAUACCUCACAGUUUUUGGAGAGCGAAGUUAAUGAUGAUCUUCAACAAUUUUCGGAUCUUAGCGGGCGUCAAGAUGCACAAUUUUAUCGAGUUUAUAGUUUAAAACCCCGAAUAAUGGAAGUCAACGUUCCUUCAUACAUGUAUAGGACUGAAGACAUCGCCAUGUUGUUGAACUCCGAAGAUUACGACAAGGUGACAUCAACUAUUAAACAGUUUGUAAGAGAUUGGAGCAAGGAAGGACAAACUGAGCGACAAAAUAGCUAUCAUCUCAUUCUAAAUGAGAUAGAAAGACUUUUACCUCUUCAUGGGUGCGUCAACAAGUACAAAGUCCUAACACCAGGCGCAGGACUUGGAAGAUUAACGUGGGAGAUUGCUCGUGCUGGCUACUAUAGCCAGGGAAAUGAAUUUUCAUUCCACAUGCUUCUUGCGAGUGCCUUUAUUUUGAAUCAUCCCUAUAGGGAGGUUGUUUCAGAGGAGAAUGAAGGAAGUGUAAAUUUUGAACAGUUUGAGAUUUUCCCAUUUGUCACGCAUAUGAGUGACUUGUUCUCAAGAACCGAUCAACUAUGCUCAUUUAAGGUACCAGAUGUGAACCCAGGAAAGUUACUUCCGGAUAGCGUUGAAUUUUCUAUGGUUGCUGGUGAUUUUGUAGAUGUUUACAAAAAAGAGAGUGAGAGAGAAUUUUGGGAUUGUAUUGCUACUUGCUUUUUUAUUGACACGGCAGCCAAUAUUUUUGAUUACUUAAAUACUAUUUAUCACUCUUUAAAAGAUGGGGGAUACUGGAUCAAUUUAGGGCCAUUGUUGUGGCAUUAUAAUGAAAUGGGAGAAAAUAGAUUUUCCAUAGAGAUUACUUAUGAAGAGUUGAAACAAGUUGCACAAAAGAUGGGAUUUGAGUUUAUUUAUGAAAACACUAAUGUGGAAAAUACUUACAUUUCUUCGUUUGGAAAUGAGAGACACUCUUCUAUGAGGAGAACAAUAUAUCAUUGCGUGCUUUUUUCUGCCAGAAAAAUUCCACGAUAA